GUUUAAAUCUCCAUGACGGCACCGCGUUAGGUUCUACCACUCUGUAUAAAAAUUCAGAAUCACCACUUUAACUUUAAUUCGUCUGCAUACUUAGUCGAUCUUACUUUAGUCAACAUGAGAGAAAUUGUUCAUCUACAAGCUGGCCAAUGCGGCAACCAGAUUGGAGCCAAGUUCUGGGAAGUCAUCUCUGACGAGCAUGGCAUUGACCCAACUGGAACCUACCACGGAGAUUCCGACCUUCAAUUGGAGAGGAUCAACGUGUACUACAACGAGGCCACAGGAGGCAAAUACGUGCCCAGAGCUGUACUCGUUGACUUGGAACCAGGAACCAUGGACUCCGUUCGAUCAGGACCUUUCGGUCAGAUCUUCAGACCUGACAACUUCGUGUUCGGACAAUCUGGUGCCGGAAACAACUGGGCCAAGGGACAUUACACCGAGGGAGCUGAACUUGUAGACUCUGUUUUGGACGUAGUACGAAAGGAAGCUGAAAGCUGUGACUGUCUUCAGGGAUUCCAGCUGACUCACUCUCUUGGCGGUGGAACUGGAUCUGGAAUGGGAACACUCCUUAUCUCUAAAAUCCGUGAAGAAUACCCAGACAGAAUCAUGACCACCUUCUCAGUAGUACCCUCCCCAAAAGUAUCAGACACCGUCGUUGAGCCCUACAACGCCACCCUCUCAGUCCAUCAGCUCGUAGAGAACACAGAUGAAACCUUCGCUAUCGACAACGAAGCCCUGUACGAUAUCUGCUUCAGAACCCUCAAACUCACCACCCCCACAUACGGAGAUCUCAACCAUCUCGUCUCCGCCACCAUGUCUGGUGUCACCACCUGCCUCAGAUUCCCUGGACAGCUCAACGCUGAUCUCAGGAAACUCGCCGUCAACAUGGUUCCCUUCCCCAGACUUCACUUCUUCAUGCCAGGAUUCGCCCCACUCACAAGCAGAGGUUCCCAGCAGUACAGAGCCCUCACAGUUCCAGAACUCACCCAACAGAUGUUUGACGCUAAGAACAUGAUGGCCGCUUGCGAUCCCCGACACGGCCGAUACCUCACAGUCGCCGCUAUGUUCAGAGGACGUAUGUCCAUGAAGGAAGUUGACGAGCAGAUGCUGAACGUACAGAACAAGAACAGCAGCUACUUCGUCGAAUGGAUCCCCAACAACGUCAAGACCGCCGUCUGUGACAUUCCUCCCAGAGGACUCAAGAUGUCUGCUACCUUCAUCGGAAACAGCACCGCCAUCCAGGAGCUCUUCAAGAGGAUCAGCGAGCAGUUCACCGCUAUGUUCAGGCGAAAGGCUUUCCUCCAUUGGUACACUGGUGAAGGCAUGGACGAGAUGGAGUUCACCGAAGCCGAGAGCAACAUGAACGAUCUCGUAUCCGAAUACCAACAGUACCAGGACGCCACCGCCGAGGAGGAAGGAGAAUUCGACGAAGAGGAGGAAGAGGGAGAAGAGGCUUAAAUUUGAAAACGAACAUUCACGUUUUAAUUUAUUUCUUUUAACUUCCCUAAAUCUAGCUGGAUCUGGUUCUGUGAAGCAGUCGAUGUAAAUAUACUAUUUUAGCCGCGAAAUUUUUAUUUUGUAUAUAUAUUGUUAUAUGUGAGGCGAAUUGCUAACAAUUUUGACAUUGAUUUGUUCCCGAAUAUUCUCGUUCUUAGAA